AACAACAAAUUGCUCAGCAGAGUGCAAGAUUCCAAAUUUAAUUUCAGAGGUGAAAUUAAUACAGUGCUCCUCUAUCAGGAAGGAAAUGGCUGAACUGAGAUCAGUUCCCGGAGACCAGUGGAAUGCAUCAGAGUCAAACCAAAUCUUCUCUUUACCUGAUCUCCACAGGAGAGAGAGCUUUUCAUCAAGUGAGAGACCCUGGCACCUUUUCAGAAAGGGGAUAAUAGUAGGAGCUCAACAGCAGAGACCAGCUUUUAAAUGUUGCAUCGUGUUGGGACCAAAAUCUUUACUCAACGGAAGUGCCUUUUUCAGUUUCAAGAUCAAGUUUAUAAAUUCACCGGUUAGCAUGGCAUGUGCUCAUGAAAGUAAGUGGGAUGAAGAGGAUGCACGUCAUUUCGUUGAAUCAUGCUUUAAAUGUUGCAAUAGACCAAAGAACGGCAAGGUCUAUGUGAUGUACCAUGGCACCCAUGUCAACCAUGUAGAUACCAUUCUGAAGUAUGGUUUCAAACAAUCCCCUGAUGGCAUGCUGGGCCGUGGAGUCUAUGUCAGUCGGGAUAUUCGGAAAGCCUGCAGAUAUCCAUUGAAUACGCCUGAGAGUCAGAAGGUUGUGCUUAAAUUAAGAGUUAAUGUGGGUAAGGUCAAAACGAUAAAUUGUCAAGGGCACCCACUCCAGAAGACAUGGCAUGAUCAUGGUUAUGAUACUGCCUGGUGUCCUCCAAACUGUGGCAUGGUACCAAGUGACCUGGAGGUGGAUUGUAUCUGGGAUCCCAAGAGAAUAAAAGUUGUUGGUAUAAUUGAUCAAUCAGCUCAGCCAAAUCCGUGGUACUUCCCUAAUUGUUACUGAGCGGUAUGCAAACUUCAGCUGCCUAAAUGGGACAAGAAUGGUGGGGUUGGGACGGGGAAGAAGGGAAGUGGAGGAAGUUUAGGGACGCUCUACCCUGAUACGCUCCCUUGGGCUAGGGAGGGAUGGUUCAACCAAGUUGUCACUCUGAUAGGUGGCCUUUGGUGAACAACUGGGGAUAACGGUUGACGUUCUAUAAUCACAGGGCAAGCUAAGCACUCAUUGUAGAGAAGUUCUUGGAGACUCUCCUCCUGGCAAUGUCAUCAACACCAUCAGAGCGCUGUUCUGAUCCAAUUCUCAGUGCCUUUCAGCUCCAGGAGUGGAGUCUCUAAAAACACAACCUGAUUAGAUUCACACCUGAAAAACGGCUAUUGUCCCAAAAGCCUGGAGGUUCACCACCAGCAGUGAAGCAGACCUUUAAAAUGGGAACUGAAUCGGCUGGGGAGAAAAAACAGUUACAGUAAAUUCAGAGACACAAGAUGCAAUAUUGUUUUUGAAAUACAAUCUGUCAAUGCAAUCACUGUAACAUUCUGUGUACAAAUUGUUGGUGAUUCGAAAAACAUUGUUCUUUGCAUUUAUUGUGUUCAACUGAAUAAAAUCAUUAGCUGUC